AUGACUAGAGUUGCGAAAAAGGGAAUGAUCUCAUUUCGAUCUGACUCCGUUUCAACAAUCGCAGUCGUUCGCGAGAUAAUUAGUGAAGAGACAACAAAUCGACAAAUCAAAGUUCAGAUAUCCUGUGACCUCAACGAUGCCAGUAUAAAUUAUUGCCUCAAACAAUUGCAUCCUCGAAUGACUCAUCUUUUGAAUCUGGAAAAAAGAAAACUCAUGGCAGCAGCAUUGAAGGAACUGGAAGCGAACAGCAGCGACAUUUCCUUUCUAUCAGAGCAAAAUAAGAAGAUACUUGAGAAUCACGACCAGAUAUUUCAAGAUGCUGAAAAAGAUUCUAUGGAGGUACAGGAACGAUUGUCAAGUUGUCAUAAUUUGAAAUUCUUCAGACAACAAAUUACCAGCGUAAAUUUUGUAUUUCCACCGAUGUUAUGCGCAUCGAGUUCAACAUCUGAGAACUGCAAGGUUAUGUUCCCUCUCAAGAGAAAGGGCGUGGCUUGCGAUUGGGCGGAGUUUGUCGAAAGCAACGUUUGCGGAAUCUACGAAGCGCUGCUACUGAAUCGAGCACGACUCAAUGGACAAAAUGCUCGAGGCAAAGUUGAAGGUCUACGAGAGCUGCUUCUCAAUAAUUACAGCCUGGAAAAUGUGACUGCUUUCUUCAAGACGGCCAAUGAAGAGGCAUCGUUACGGUAUUAG